AUGAGCUCUCUUCUUCACCCUAUCCAUAGCGCGAGCCAGAAGUGUCGUCCGAAACAUCAAGUCCUUGUCUUGAAGUGUUAUCCCAAAUACCAGAAAACCGUGCAGGAAGUCAAGCCCAACUCGUCCGAACUGAGCUACCUGCUAUACUAUGCGAGUACGCGACGACACAAGCUUCAGAAAGUGGGAGCCUUUUUGGAGAAGAAGAAUGCCAGCGACGUUUACAAAGGAAGACUCGGAAAUGUUCAGGUCACUCUUCAAAUCCUCAGUGCCAUUAUCGACAAGGCUCCCCGCGAUCUCUCUCUCUACUCCCGCUCGGUCCUGACGAUCCUGGACUCCGUCCUCCGCUCCAAAGAUGUGAACAUGGUGGAAGAGACCAUACCAACGUUUGAAGCCUAUUGCAAACAUGUCGAUGCCGCAUCUUUCAAUGCGGAUCAACAACGGGCCCAACAAUACUUGUCCAUCGUACAACUCUAUGCCAAUUACGCGGCCAAGUCCAAGCCCGUCGACAAGAAGGCUGGCGACUCGAUCCCGCUUUCUAUCAGAUGGCGGACGGUUGGACUGCGCGCUCUACGUGCGGUCGUGGCGUCGGAGGCGCUCGCUACUGAGUCGGCUCGACAGCUCAAUAUGGUCAUGCCGGUCAUUCUCGAGAACUUGUCGCUAGAUGAAGAGAACAUUCUGGCCACGCUGCAACAACGGGCCACAACCAGUGAGAGGCUGGACGAUGAGCUUGCCCGACGGCGGCGCACGAGUCUCACAACAGUCACCACGGUGGAUACGGUUGAUGGGGACCCAGCUACGGCCGUCGAAACCACUGCCGGAGCGGAUAAAGUUGCUGAGGAGGAGGUCAGAGCAUUGGCUCUGAGAUGCUUAAAGCAAAUAUUCUCUGUCGGAAUCGGUAGCACCAGAGGUCAAACUCGCUUGGCCACCGCUUUGACCUUGAAAUUCAUCGUCUCCAAAAGCCCGCCUCAGCUGACGUCGCAAAAGGCAAACGAGGGUACCUGGGCGACCUCCUUGUUCGAGACCAUCGCAAGAUGGACACCUGUGCAGGAUCGUUUCAUCAUCGUGCUAACGGCUAUGGAAACUCUCGUACGCACCCCUAUCACGGAAAGCUCACUCGAGAAACAAUUGGUCCUCGCCACGAUGAUUGACUGGCUCUUGAGCUCCAAUGUGAAUCUGAUUGGGCUGAGUGUGAUGGAUGUUCUGCUGGGACUGAUCCACCAUAUGCUACUGCUGCUCCAACUGGGUGUCUCCAACACUCGAAUCAUCACACCUCAGCGCAACGAUACUAUAGGCAUUUUUCGUGAGGUCAAGGAGGCUUUCGAUCCCAGCACAAUCGUUACCGGAACCGAAACAAGCCGCGCUACCCCUAAGGCCGAACUGACAGCAUCGCCGUUUCGGCAAUCGCUCUUGCUAAAGCUUCAAGAUUGUAUCGCCUCGCUGUCCAAUCACAUCUACUACACCGACCAGAUCACAGACAUGCUCACAGCAAUUCUGGCCCGGUUAAAGCCCUCCCCUCAAUCAGAUGUUCCCACUUCUGCGGCAGCCAUCAACGAUCCAGCCGCCGCAGCAAAGGCGAUCGCAGAGUCAGCAAGCAUCCACGAGGACCCUAAUACAUCUACAUUCUUUUCCUUCCAUACCGCGAGGCUCACAGCCAUGCAAGUCAUCAAAAAAAUCCUGGUUCGUGCUAAUAGCAAGCACAGCACUAAAAACGGCGCAAUUGAAGCACGUGCUCGUGUCGGAAUACAAGUUUGGGAAGGCACACAAUGGCUCCUGAAGGAUGAGAAGAAAGACGUCAGAUUCGCCUACGUCGAUGCGCUUUUGACCUGGCUCAAGCUGGAGACCAAUAAAAACGACAUGUUCCUGCCUAGGGAUGGUUCCAGGAAGCCUUCACAGAGUAAGAAGAACACACAGCUGGCGGGCGAGGUCAACAUGGCCAAAAGAGCCGUCUCUGGUGCGUCUCGGAGAGAGACAAAGCCACCGCACUCAAACUUCCUGGCCCUGCUGCAUCUCGCCAUCUAUGACGGCUUUCUGGACGACGCCGAGGAUGAGCCCAACAUUCUUCUGCUAUAUCUGUUGUUGGCGAACCUGGUAGAGCGUCUCGGGGUGAAUGCGGUCCGAAGUGGAUUGCCGAUGAUUCUUAAGCUGCAGGAGACAGCUCUGAACGCGCAGGUGCUCUCCACGACGGGAAGAGUCAACGUAGCAACUGUGGUCCAUGGGUAUCUAUGGACUAUUGCCGAAAAGUUCGAUUUUGGGACGAGCGCCGUUAGCCUCGAAAUCAAUGCGGAGAUUUCCCGGAGAAAGCGGUUUGGGGUGUGGUUCGACAAAAUCAAGUUUCCUGCCUUAUCCAUCAGGGAAAUCCGCAAAUUUCCAUCAGUGAACGAGAAAGCCGCAGAGUAUAUUGGAGACGCCGUCGAGACGAUCAAGCCUUUCUUGUCUGUGUCUGCUUUGGUUGACGAAAUUGCAGCGUCCUACGACAAUUCUCUCCUCACUCCGCCAGCCUCACCACCUACUUCUCCUGGUCGCCUCUUCUCUGUGCCGACGCUGGGGUUUGGCUACGGGUACGGAACUGCUCCCGCCCUCAAGCCGUCGAAAGAGGCCCGGCUACCACAAAAAGUCAAGGAUGAGAUGAAGGCGGGCUGGAGCAGAGAUGCAUGUAUCGCUGCUAUCGAGAAGGAAAAUGCUGCUUCCAUGACAGGCUCACGGACAGGCGCUUCCUCCGUCCCGAGAAAUCAUCUCCAUGUGAACGGCGUUCGCAAGCGCGGGUCUGCAAGUGGCCAAGAGUCCCCCGUCAACGCCAAUGGCAACACAACCCCUACAUAUGGACUGGUUAGCGGCUUGGGAAGUUUGACAAGAACUAGAAGACCAAGUGCCAAUGGGUCGCCGGCAAGAGAGCCUACAGCUUCUAGCCGAGAUUCCACCAUGAGAGUCAGCGAUCUCAAAAGAGUGCUCUCUGGUUACGCUGCGGGCGCCAGACAACAAAGUCCUCUCCGGCGAGCUUUAGCUGGGUCUCGAAGAAGUAGAAGAAGCAGUGGGACAAGCAGUAUGGUCAGUUGGGACGAGGCCGACGACCGUGAUGGUUCAGUCCUGGCCUUCCAAUCAGGAGGGAGUCAAGCUGGCGCGGACAGCCAGGCUACAGAUACAGGCUCUCGCCCACAGACCUCAAAGUCAAACAACCUUGCUGCCGCGCAAGUGACGGAGACUACAGAUAGUGGCAACACCCCUCCGACCGGUGCCAAUUUCUAUGAUCAGGUCACCAGUGAUAUUCCGCCUGUGCCUAAGAUCCCUUCCACCCUCAAUCUCCCCGGGACUUGGCCUCGGGAUGCUUCGCCUGCCCGAGCUGCCGAUUCGUCAAAAGACGAGGCCUCUUUGGGGCCACAAGAAGCUGGCAUGACUCCUCGAUCGCAGAAGACGACAAACAGCGGGCGGUCCCCUCGAGCUGGACGAGGAAAGCAGGAAUCGCUGAGGACAUCCCGGCCUACCAGCAGGAGGAGUCUUGUGGCGCCGUCGUUUGCCUCGAAAGAUAAGUUCGACCUGGAUUCUUUGCUGGCUGGAAUUCCCUCAGGUGGCGUUAAUGGAGGGCCGGACAAGGAAAAUAGGGGGAGUCGCUUAAUACGGCCGCCUUAUUAG